AUGGCUCGUAAGAAACAGAACAAGAAGAAGAAAGCUGCUCAAAAGGCAAAAGAAGAUAAGAUUGAUAUUUUGGAUGAAAAAUCUAAGAGAUUAUCUGAAUCUAGCACAAAAGAUGUUUCAGAUAUAGAAGGAUAUGAAAGUGCAGAGGCGUAUGCUACUCCUGAAGAAAUAGGAACAGGGGGCAUAGUGGAUGAUAAUGCGGUCGAACUGUCAGUAGAGGCGAAUGCAAAAGAAGAGGCGGAGGAAGCAAUUGUAUCUGAGGAUCUUAGUGCUACAGUUGCUGUUAAUGAUAAACAAGAAGAUAAAGAACUACAGCACGAAGAUGAGGGAAAUGAUGCAAGUCCAGAGGCAAAUGCUUAUGAAUUUGGAACUGAAGCGAAUUCAAAAAUCGACGAUGACACAGGACAAGGGGAGUCCUCCCAAAACCAAGAAAUUGAGGAAUCGCAACAUUCUGUGGCUAAUGAUCAAGUAGCAAGAUUUGGAGGCUCUUUGGUUGAGGAAGGGAAGCUCUCAAAUGAAGGUUACUCACAGCAAGCCGAACGAACUGAAGGUACUGAUAUUGCUUUCAAUGAUGCAAUGUCUAUUAAUGAACAAAGUAACCAAGAAGAGAAAGAUGAAGAGAGAGCUGGAAAGCCGAUUGCUUUUGAAACCGAAGUGAUACCACUGAAUGCAGAAGAAAGCAGUGAGGGAAAACAAGAUAUUGAUGUAGAAAAACAAGAGGUUGGCGGCAUAGCAUCAAAUGAUGACACCAAUAUAGAACAAUCUCCAAAUGAAGAGAUCAAGAAAAAUACAGAUGCUCCUCUCUCAGGAACAGAACUCGAAGUACAAGAUGAAGUCACAAGCCUGACCGAGCAGCCAACGCUCGACGAAGGCGAGAUUACGAAGACGGACGAAGCUACUACUGCUGUUGAUAAAUCAUCCGCUGCGGAUUAUAUCAAUGAAAAUGAGUCUACCGAAGAGAAUAGACCAGAUUUAAAUGCUGACCAUCCAACAGAAGAGUCAAUAGUGACACAACCAGGAGAAUAUACUGCCCCAGUAAGUCGUAUUUUGCCGCCUGUAACAUCAACAGCCUCUUCUGUUGUUGUUCCCGUAGAUGCUGGAUCAAGCACUGAAGCAAGUGAAGUAGUUGCCCGAACAUUAAAUAUAAACGUUGCUAAUUCUAGGCCCCCUCCUAUUCCCCCACGUUCCUCGUCCAGCGAAAACAACUCUCAUGAAGUAUAUGUAGGAGAUGGGAACGAUUCCUCGGCGAAGGUAUCUCCACCAUUACCGUCACGAACAUCUCAUUCGGGACCAGCUAUUCCUCCUCUGCCAAGCAGAAAGGUAGCAUUUACGUCCUCGAGAUCUAGUAGCGUUUCUCGAUCUAUCUCUGGUAACGAAAGAUCACCAUCAGAGACUGUUUUGCGUCCAGUUCCACCAGCACUAUCAGAGGAGAUGAAAUCGGACCAAUUUAGAAAAAAUUUGGCAAGCUUACAGUCGAAUUCUCAAAGUCCUCGUCAUGUUUCAAGUCCAAUUGAAUCUGCGGCAGAAGUUAAUUUAAUUGUAAAUAGAUUUCGUGCUACAAGCUAUCAGAUAGAUAGCGAAGUCAUGUCAAAAAGGGAAAACAUUGAAGCUGGUCAAAUUUUAUUGAAAUCUACGUUCAAUACAAUUGUUCAGAAUGAAGAAAAUAUAAUGGAAGUGACUGAACAAGAUGAUGAUGAAUUGAAAAAAAUAGCAGAUACAGACUGGAGUUUCUGGACAAGAGUUGUUAACGACUUUGGCGAAGUUGCUAAUGCAGAAUCUGAGCGCUUAGAAGAGGAAAUUACAAAAGGUAUUCCAAGACAGAUCAGAGGAAUUAUAUGGCAACUUAUUGCAAAUUCUAAGUCCAAAGAAUACGAGGAUAUCUAUGAGACUCUAAGUACGACUGAAUCUCCACAUCAGGCUAGCAUAAACAGAGAUUUGAAAAGAACGAACUUUGUACCACACGAUAAAAUUGAGCCCCUCUUGAAUAUUUUGAGCACGUACUCAGUUUACGAUCCAGAUGUAGGCUACACUCAGGGAAUGGCAUUUAUUGCCGCACCGUUACUUCUAAAUUGUGAAAGUGAGGCUGACGCGUUUGGCUUAUUAGUUGUUCUGAUGAAAAAUUAUGGUUUAAGAGAAUUUUUUCUUGAGGAAAUGCCUGGUUUAAUGCUAACAUUGUAUCAAUUUGAUAGACUAUUGGAAGAAACUUCUCCUGUUCUAUUCAACCAUUUGACUAGAGAGGGUGUCCGUUCUUCUAUGUAUGCUACACAGUGGUUCUUGACUCUCUUUGCCUACAAGUUUCCACUCGAAUUUGUUUUAAGAAUACUUGAUGUUGUAUUUGUAGAAGGUGUUGAAUCUACAUUCAAAUUUGCAGUAAACUUGAUGUUAAAAAAUCAGCUACAGAUGCUAGAACUGAAAUUCGAUCAGUUAUUAAACUUUUUGAAGAAUGAAUUAUUUGAAUACUACCUAAGGGAGAAUCAUCAAACACGUUCAAAAUCAGAAGCUGCGACUCACGUAUAUCUGGAAAGGUCCGUGACACCACGAAGUCAAAACAGUAAUAGGGUAAAUAACGAAACCACAAACGACAGUCAUUACGAUGUCGAUUUGUUUGUAAAUGAUGCUAUGGAAGCUGUUCAUAUUACACCAAUAUCGUUGGGAAGAUAUGCCGCCGAGUAUGAUGAAAUUCAUCAAAUUGAACAUCAAAGAGAAGCACAAUAUGAGGCGAUGAGAAUCAAAAAUCAACAACUACAAAAGGAGGCAACUAAACUUCGUCGUGAUUAUGCGCAACUAAGCACAGAGCAUAUAAAUAUUGCGAACGAACUCAUAGAGAACAGAUUAAAGAUUGAAACCCUUUUAGAUGAAAAUAAUGAUUUAAAAGAAAAUUUGACUCACCUGGAAGAGCGUCUGCAGGAAGAAAUUCAAAAGGAAUCAAUUCCGAAUCCAGAUGCUGCAUUAAAAAGUGAUUUGAAACAAGAUUUGGAGAGAACGAUGGAAAGAACAUCUGAGGUUAUGGAGCAGAAUUUGGAGUUGAAGGAGAAAAUAAAAGUAUUGGAGAACUCCAUCCUCGAACUUAAGAAAUUCAACAAGAAAAGUGCAAGGCAAAUAUCCAGCAUUGAGUCAUCUUUGGAAUCCUCACCGGCAAAUUUGAAUGUGCCUGCCAAGGAAAACCAAGAAGUGCCUAAAUCACCUUCAUUAACAGGGCGCUGGACAGGCUUUAAAAAGGUGUUUAGAAAAGAUUGA